UCCUCCUUAAUUAGAUCGUCUCUUCCUCCUUCCCUACCUCCCGGUUGCGGCGGAGGAACCUCUAGAGAAGACCCUAUUCGGCUGUCUGCGCGCCCGCGAGUCUCUUCGGCGUCCCAAGGUAUAAUGUCCCUCCUCCGGAUUAUUUUUUAGCAUAGGCCGGGAGGGCUUGUCUUGUAAGAGGGCAACGAGGCCGGACUUGAGGGAGAGGGAGAGGGAGAGGUGGGGGUCGUCGGGGGUAGUCGGGAGAUUUGGAGGAGGGGCGGGAGAAGAAGAAACCGCGGAGGGCUUCUUCUCCUUUGCCAAAUCCUUUCCGGUCGGGCGGCAGGGAGAGAGAGCAAGGAGGCGAAGGGGAUUUGGGGCGAGGGCCUUUUCUUGGGCCGGGACCUUAAGCGACCGCCUCAGCCGCCCAAGGACCAAGGAUUCUUGUGCGGAAAUUUGUGGUGCGAUCUCAUGGCGUCGGAAAUCGAGUCGGAUAAAUCUUUUCUUUGAUUUUAGUCGUCAUCCAAAGCGAUCGGAAAUCGACCUCUCUUGUCCUUUAAAUUCCUGUUCCCCUGCGUCCGGCUUUUUCUAGUUCGAAAAGGAGAAUCCCUCCGACAUCCAAUGGAAGACGACGCUGCGACCACAGCUAGGGUUUCAGUCGAAGCACCGGCUUCGUCUCCGGCCGACGGAGAAGGAGGAGGGGAAGGGAGAGGAAGAGAAAAGGAAGAAUGGGAGGAGGCCGAUGAGGGGGAGGAAGGGGACGUGGAGGAGGAGGGCUACAGGCUAGGGUUAGAUGAUGAGACGGACCUUCAGGACUUCGUCGGGGAGGACACCCAUGGGGUUGAGCUCUACCAGCAACUUGAGCGGCUGGAGUACGAAGCCCUCGCCCCGAAGAAGCGCAAGGCCCUCCACGAGCAAGAGAACUGUAGUGGCGAGACCACCAAGAAGCCAAAACGGGGGGAGGAGGAUAAGGAUAGGGAGAGGAUUUUAGAAAGGGGGUUGGCUUCCGGUCUGGAAGACAGAGGAGUUGUAGAGAUGGAGGAAGAUGAAGGAAGGGGAGGAGGAAGAGAGGUAGAAGAGGAGGAAGAAUGGGAGGAGGAAGAGGAAGGAGAGGAAGGGGAAGAAGAGGAGGGAUACAGGUUACAAUUUGAUGGAGAGAUGGAUCCUCUGGACUUCGUUCAGGAGGAUGCCAAUGGGGUCGAGCUUUACCAGCAAUUUGAGCGGCUUGAGUAUGAAGCCCUUGCUGAAAGGAAGCGCAAAACCCUCCACGAACAACAGAGCCGCAGUGGCGAGUCCACAAAGAAGCCAAGGCAGGAGGAGUUUUUGGGUGUGACAAUGGAAGAGAUCAAUGAAAUGAUGAAUUUUGGUUCCCGGAGAAGAUCAAAAACUGUAUGGCAUCCUAAGAAAAGGGGAAGAAAGAAGGGGUCGAAGAAUAAGCUUAGCCCUGAAGUCAGUAGAAAAAUUGGAGAUGCUACUCUUCAUUAUGCAUCUGGAGAUUAUGAUGAGGCGAUUCCUUUACUGGAAGAGGUUGUCAGGCUUGCACCAAAUUUGCCUGAUGCAUACUAUGUACUUGGUCUAAUCUAUGACGCUAAAGGUGACAAGAAAAAAGCUUUAAACUUUCACAUGAUUGCUGCACAUUUGACACCCAAGGACCCAUCUCUGUGGAAAAAGCUUGUAGCCUGGUCAAUUGAACAGAAAAAUAUUGGUCAGGUUAGAUAUUGCCUUUCAAAGGCAAUAACUGCUGAUCCAAAAGAUGUAGGCCUGAGAUUUGACCGCGCAUUACUACAUGUUGAACUUGGGGAGUACCAGAAAGCUGCUGAAUCAUAUGCUCAGAUAGUUGCAAUCUAUCCUGCCAGUAUCGAGGCAUGCAAGAUGGCUGCAAAGAUGUACAGAAAGUGUGGUCAAGUUCAAAGGGCUAUCAGUAUUCUGGAGGACUGUGUCAAUGGUCAUGCGUCUGAAACUGAUCUGGGUGCUGUUAACCUGCUGAUUUCUUUGUACAUGGAGAAUAAUUCACAUAACAAGGCACUUAGGCAGAUUGAGCAUGCACACACAGCAUAUUGUUUGGAAAAGGGAUUGCCGUUACAUCUAAAAACAAAGGAAGUAAUCUGCCAUGCUCAUCUUGGAAACAUGGAACAUGCUGAGGUUCUCCUUCAGGACAUGCAAAUGGAGCAUGCUGCAGACAAAGGAGACUUGAUUACUGAAGUGGCUGACUCGCUUGCAGAUCUUAAGAGAUAUGAUUAUGCAUUGAAGUUUUACCUUAUGCUGGAGGGAAUUGCAGGUCAUGGCAAUGGUGGUUUGCAUCUUAAAAUUGCUCAAUGUUACAUAGCCCUGAAGGAAAGAGGAAAAGCUAUUCCAUUCUUCUACAAAGCUCUAUCUGCAAUGGAGGAUAAUAUUGAUGCCCGUUUAAACCUAUCCUCCAUUUUUCUUGAGGAAGGAAAAGAUGAUGAAGCUAUUAUUUUGCUUUCCCCUCCUAAAAGUUCAGAGCCAGUCUUUGAUUUAUGUUCCAUGAACUCCAAACCCUGGUGGUUUAGUGGAAAAAUCAAAAUGCAGCUUGCUAAAAUUUAUCAUGCGAAAGGGAUGCUUGAGGAUUUUGCUGAGACAAUCUUUUCAUGCAUUCGUGAAACGCUACUUGUUGAAUCCAUGAACCGAAAGGUGCGACGUGCAAAAAGACUUCCAAAAAGUGUUCUAUUUGAAAGGGUCAAGUUGUUGGGUGAUCAACAUGCUGACAAUGUAUUUCAUGGGUUUAAACCAAUUGCAACAACAUCAGAAUUGACCAAAGCAGCUAGAGCAAAGAAGUUGCUUCAAAAGAAGCAAGCUUUAAGGGAAGAAAAGAAAGCAGCAUUAUUAGCAGCUGGAGUGGAUUGGCAAAGUGAAGACUCAGAGAAUGAAGUUCCGCGGAAGGAAAUACAAGAACCUCCUCUGCCUGGACUCCUAACCAAUGAGGAAAAUUAUGAACUUGUAUUAGAUCUCUGCAAAGCAUUGGCGUCCUUGCAGCGAUAUUGCGAAGCAUUAGAGAUUAUCAACCAUACUCUGAGAUUAGCAUACAACACAAUAUCUAUGGAGAAAAAGGAGGUCCUUCGAUCAUUGGGCGCUCAAAUAGCAUAUAACACCAGUGAUCCACAACAUGGAUACAAUUAUGUAAGAUACAUGGUUCAACAACAUCCUUACAGCAUAGCUGCCUGGAAUUGCUAUUACAAGGUUGUUACAAGAUUUGACACUCGCUUUUCAAGACAUUUUAAAUUCCUACAUUAUGUGCUGGUUUCUCGGAGAGAUUGUGUACCUGCUUUGCUCAUAAAUGGCCAUCAAUUUACUAUGAUUAGUCAGCAUCAAACAGCUGCUCGGGAGUACUUGGAAGCUUAUAAACUACAGCCAGAGAAUACACUUAUAAAUCUUUGUGUUGGCACUGCUUUGAUUAACUUAGCCCUUGGGUUUAGGCUUAAGAAUAAGCACAAAUGUGUGGCACAAGGUCUGGCAUUCCUCUACAACUAUCUACGCAUUUGCAAUAAUAGCCAGGAAGCCUUAUACAAUGUAGCCCGUGCAUGCCAGCAUGUUGGCCUCGUUACUUUGGCAGCUUCAUAUUAUGAAAAGGUACUCACGAUUCAACAGAAGGAUUACCCCAUACCAAAGCUACCUUAUGAGGCUUCAAGUAUUCCACAACAUCGUAAGCCAGGUUAUUGUAACCUUCAAAGGGAGGCUGCUUAUAAUUUACACUUGAUUUACAAGAAAAGUGGAGCUAUCGAUCUUGCAAGGCAGAUUUUGAAAGAUUAUUGUACUUUCUGAUGUUGUCAACUGUUUAAUUGUCAAUCUUUUGAGCGCAUAUAACAAUAAUAUCAUUAGCAGGUGAAGAAAUAUUAUCAGAUUUCUUCAUGCCUUGUGCCCAUCUUAGCCUAAAUUCCUAUAUCCUUUUCUAUAAAUGUCAAGAAUCACCAGUA